AUGGACUGUCAUUUUUCUGUCUGGGGAGUUUUGGCCUUUCUGAGUUUGGCUCUGGUUGUAUCGUUGACACUGAAUAUUUCACACUAUAUGAAAAAGAAGCAAGGUAAGCAAACUAAAAUGUACAAAGAAUAUGAAGACAACAGUCCAAGCUAUGAUGACCAUCACACAGAAGCUGACCCAGUUUAUGGCAACCUCAAUCAAGAUAUUUUAGAGGAGUGUUGUUACGAGCAGAUGAAGUCCCAGCCCCAAAGGCCAGUUAACCGACCACAGGUGGAGACUGCCAAUCAGAUGUGUUAUGCCACACUUGAUCACAGCGUCAAGGGAAAACGCCGAAAACCAAGGAGAAGGACAGACCCUUCAUUAGAGAAGGAUGAAGAAGAAAGAUCAUCUAACCCCACUAUGACGGCUCCCAAAGUUAGCAUUUACCUCAACAGCGAGCAGCUGGCUGCUGAAAACAUGGCAAACAUAGAAGCUGUUCAUGAUGAUCCUGUCAGAUUAAUGGGUUUGAUUCACGGUACAAAUGGAGAGAACAUCUGA